AAUGCCAGAUGGCGCAGUGCGCCUGAGCGAGAAAGAGAGGAAGUGGCGGCUGAAGCAGGUCCGCACCUUUUCCUGUAACACCGACAGCAGCACGACCGGGACCGACAGAGCAACCGGAGAGGAACAGAAGGGACCGAGGCGGGGCGCGCGAGUGGGGGGCUGUUAUAUGAGGGACGGAAGAGGGGAAACCAAGGAUGAAUGACUGACGUUUGGAGUCUUCCUGUGACCGAACGAACGAUCUGAAGCGCGUCUGAAGGGAAUGAGCGCGAGAGGAAGGCGACCCGACAGCCGGUACACGAGAAGGAAGUCUGAAGACACCAGAAAGGCCUGAAACACAUUUUAUAAUAGGGCUGAAUUUUGAGGGUCGUUCGCGGUGCUGUAGGAGUCUUGCGAAAACUACAAAGUUGAAGCGUUUUUCUGAGCGCUUGCCAAAGCUGCGAAACCAAAAACUUGCAUUCCUCUUCCUGCAACAAACUUAAUAUAUGCACAGCCAACAAGAUGGGGAAGAUGCUUUCGAAGAUCUUCGGCAACAAGGAGAUGAGAAUAUUGAUGCUUGGACUGGACGCGGCGGGAAAGACGACGAUCCUUUACAAACUCAAACUGGGACAGUCGGUCACCACCAUCCCGACGGUGGGCUUCAACGUGGAGACCGUCACGUACAAGAACGUCAAGUUCAACGUCUGGGACGUGGGCGGGCAGGAUAAGAUCCGGCCGCUGUGGCGGCACUAUUACACCGGAACCCAAGGCUUGAUCUUCGUGGUGGACUGUGCGGACCGCGACCGGAUCGACGAGGCUAGACAGGAGCUGCAUCGCAUCAUUAACGACCGCGAGAUGCGCGACGCCAUCAUCUUGAUCUUCGCCAACAAGCAAGACCUUCCUGAUGCCAUGAAGCCGCACGAGAUCCAGGAGAAGCUGGGCUUGACUCGGAUCAGAGAUCGCAAUUGGUACGUUCAGCCCUCCUGCGCUACGACGGGCGACGGACUCUACGAAGGGCUCACGUGGCUCACGUCCAACUACAAAUCCUAACGCGAUUGGGCGAAGACGCGCCCUACUAGAAGCAAUUAACCAAUGGCUUCUGUCUGUACACUUCGGUUUUAUCCUCUGUCUUUGAUUUCGUUGACAUGUAACCCGACUUUUCUUUCGUACGCCCGUUCUGUAGUCCUCCUGUUGCGUUGUCAUGUCCAUAAAGUAUUACUUUCAGAAGCUGUGGGGUCGUUUUCCCGGAGAGAGCAAAUAAAGGGUUUUUGUGUUUGAAGAUCUGGUUUGUCAGUCCAGAAAUGGCAGCUUGUUUGUUUACCUCUGUGCCAUCACGUUUAACGAAUGUAUCGGGGAAAUCGCUUUGAAAUAAACCCAGCAGUCCAAGCAGAACGUUCUGGUUGUGUUUCAUGAAAGAAACUGUCCUUGAAGGAGCUUUUGAUUCGAUAUUCACACUGUUUUUGGGCCUUUUCUGGAGGUGCUCCACUAAAGACGUUGAGAAGCCAGGAGCGAUGAGAACAGCAUCAUCUUGAGUGUUUCUGAUCUGAUCCAGCCGUCGUAACCCGUUUCUAUCACGGUUCUGGUACCGAUUCUCCUCAAACCGUAACCGCACAAAUCACACCAAGCCUCUUUUUCUCUUACUAAAUUAAUGCUUUGUUUUAUUAUUUUGACAUAGGCUCUUUGUUAUGCUGAAGAAAUAAUAAAAUCUAUAUAUAUAUAUCCA